CAUAUCCAUGUAGGAGAAUGUUCUGCGAACUCAUUCCCGUAUUCAUGGGUUUUGGAUACCCAUGGGGUGAUACCCGUCCUGUACAUUCAACAUUAUACCCAAGACUUUUAGAAAAGAGAGAAAAGGGAGAUUCUAGCGAGAGAAGGUUGAAGGAAAGUCAAAAAGCCAAGGAAACUUUGGGAGCUCAAAAUCCAUCCAAAGUUCAGAUUCAAUUGAGGUUGAUCCUGGUGUUUGGUACCAACAUCAUAUAAAGGUAGAUUAUUAUGUGGAGUUUCCUAAUACAUUGAAGAUUAGUAAUUUCCAAGACCAUUCCAUUAGGUCGAAAGUUGGAUGCCCUGAAAUUUUAUUGAGAAAUAUGGAUCAAAGUAAAUAUCUUUGCAAUGACACAAUGAUUAUUAUCAAGAGACUAUAUAUACACAUGGUUUAUUAAAGUGGAGAUUCUAUUAGGUACUCAUAUUGAUGAAAAAGGUCUUCCUACCUCAAAUUAAAUUAUCUUCUUAUCACGAAAGUUUGGAUUUCACAUUCGUUAGGGGGGAACAAUUUCCUAUCGCAGUUUGCUUUGCUAUGAUGUUCAUGAUUCAUUUACUUUCCGAAAAAUUGAAAUUUAUUUUUUAUCAUAAAUUGAAAUUUGUUUUGAUUGUGGUACUCUCUAUUGGAUUUAGAGUAUAUUUGGAACAUGCAUCUUCUUAUUAUUAUUUAAUUAACAUGCAUACCAUGUCAAACUUCACAUAUAUUGAUUUUGUUAUGCAAUUGAUUUUUUCUAUUAUAAUUAAACAGCUAUCAAGGGUAAAUUAUAAGUAAUAUUUUCAAGUGUACUGUGUAUACUUAUUCUACCAAACAAUUUAAAUGUUUCGACGUACUCGAAUAAGUUAUAAUUUCUCAUACAACCAAAGAAACACAUAUCUCGCAUACAAGUUGUUACAAUUGUUUACGUGAUUGGCAAAUCCGGCCAACUGGCCGGUCCCGUGACUAGUCUCCAUCACACAUUUUCCUUUAUAAUCUUUUCCUUUUUGAUGAUGACCAACCUCCAUUCACUCAUUUAUUAGCCACAUCCACAGCCAAAAGAGGACAAACAAAAGCGGGCACAACACAAAUGUGCAGAUUGCAGACAGAGUGCAGACUGAAGAUUGAAAAUUUUGGAAUAUAAAAGAAAACAACAAACAGAGAAAAGAGUCAAAGAGAGGAGAAGAGAAGAGGAAAAUUUCCCUCACAAACUUUUCUCAAAGGUGUACUUUCCAGUUUCCAGUUUCCACUUUCCACUUUCCACUCACUUUCUUUCUCUUCUCGCACUGUUCACCAUCUUUCUCCCCAACCACACAAAACAAGCUCCAAACUCGCCGGGCGAUUAGGAUUCAUCAAAAAAGACCACAUUCGCUUUCUUCCUUUCUUCGAGAUGGCGGCCGGCGUUCUGCUUUGGGUUGUUUUUCCGAAAGAGAAUGCCGUCAGUUCCUCCGCUCUACUCGGUCUCAUACCCAGAACCGGGGCUGGCGGCGGCGUCGCUUCGCAGUUGGUAACUAGGCCCAGAGGCGCCGGCGCAGGCGCUAGAAGGCAGAGGCCGAGAAUUGCGUCGUCGAUGAAUUCGAAUAGCGGGGUGUCUGCUGUGUACUCGAGCACCGCCGCCGUUGCUGCGAGCCCGGCAAGAUCUUCGGAAGAGAAGGUCUACGAGGUGGUGCUAAAGCAGGCGGCGCUGGUGAAGGAGCUGCAGAGACGGUCGGCGGAGGAAGAGGCAGUAGUAGCGGGAACGCUAUCGAAUUGGGAUUUUCUGAACCACGCUUACGAUAGGUGCGGCGAGGUCUGCGCCGAGUACGCCAAAACGUUUUACUUGGGAACCUUGUUGAUGACACCGGAACGGCGAAGAGCUGUGUGGGCAAUUUAUGUUUGGUGCAGAAGGAUUGAUGAGCUGGUGGAUGGGCCAGUUGCAACUCACAUCACACCGAAAGCUCUUGAUGGAUGGGAGAGAAGACUGAACAAUCUCUUUGAAGGCCGCCCAUAUGACAUGUUUGAUGCUGCUCUAUCCGAUACGGUCACUAAAUACCCUGUUGAUAUCCAGCCCUUCAAGGACAUGAUUGAAGGAAUGCGGAUGGACUUGAAGAAGUCACGAUACCCGAAUUUCGAUGAGCUCUACCUCUACUGCUACUAUGUUGCGGGGACAGUCAGCCUGAUGAGUGUUCCGGUAAUGGGGAUCUCCACGGAAUCAAAGGCUUCCACCGAGAGCGUUUACAAUGCUGCAUUGGCCUUGGGGAUUGCCAACCAACUAACUAACAUACUAAGAGAUGUUGGAGAAGAUGCGAGGAGAGGAAGGAUUUAUCUGCCACAGGACGAGCUGAGGCAAGCUGGGCUCUCCGACGAAGAUAUAUUCAAGGGGAAGGUGACGGAGAAAUGGAGGAGUUUCAUGAAAUGGCAGAUCAAGCGGGCAAGGAUGUUCUUCGAUCAGGCAGAGAAAGGUGUUGGGGAGCUAAACGGGGAGAGCAGAUGGCCGGUGUGGGCAUCUCUAAUUCUGUAUAAGCAGAUAUUAGACGCCAUUGAAGCGAAUGAUUAUGACAACUUCACGAAGCGCGCUUAUGUAGGGAAAGCAAAAAAGUUUGCGUCAUUGCCUUUAGCUUAUGGACGAGCACUUAUGGGUCCACUUUCUAAACGAGCAGCUGGCUCGGCUAGGACUUGCUGACUUGUUGGAGUGAAGCGGCCAAUCAUUAAUAUGACUGAAUAUAAGGUUGUUUGUUGGGUAAAUUGUAAGGUUGGUCACUGAGAAUAUUAAAAAUGUUCAUGUUUGGUCAUUCGAAAUAUUUAAUUCCAUUAAUGGUCACUUAAAUUAGUAAAAUCGUCCAAGUUUGGUCACUCUCCGUUAAUGCCAUCAGUUAUUUGCUGAUGUGGCAAACAAAAAUGUUGAUUCACCCCAUUCUAACCCACCACGUCAUAAAAUCCGACCCGCCAUGUCAUUAAACCCUCCAUGUCAAAUUAUUGUUAAUCAUUUAAAAUAAAAAUAAAAAAACAAAAUGAAUUUCCAUCUCUCAGUCUUCUUCUCUCAACCCCUCUUGGAUGGAGCAAAAAAAAUCCCCUCUUUGGUCCAGAGCUUCUUCUGGAUCUUCUCCUCUUUCUUCCCCAUCUCUCCAUAAUUCCAUUCCCUAACCACAGCUGUCUAACUCAUCGCUUUCAUUCUCCUUAGAAACCGAAACAGAAAGAAAAAUCAAAACCUUCCAAGCUUCCCCUUCCUUCAUCUCUCGACUCCCUGCUAAAGAUUCCUCUUCCUGGCUUCCUUCAUCCAACUCCAGUCAAUCUAUUAUAUGAGUUGUUUCAUAAAUGAUUCGCCAACACCAAUCUAUAACGAUUGACUAUUAACCAUGAACUAUUUACUUCUUCAGUUUCCGGUUGGAGUUGGUUAAUAAAGUAGAGAGGAAUUAAUUUUUUGGGGUGGAGAAGUCAAGGGAAGGAUGCUGAGUAAAUACUAGGGAGGGGAGGGAAACCCUCCUUUAGUUGACCAAACCAAAGAUAUAGUUAUCGACCCCUACUAAAGCUUCCCCUUCCUUCAUCUCUCGACCCCCUGCUACUCGAUCUGCUUCCCCAUCUCUCCAUCUAAUCCUCUUUCUUCCCCACCCAUCUGUGGUACAUGUGUUGGACUCCCCUUUACUAGCUUAGCGUACAUCAAAAUUGUUGUCGUCGCCACCACGCACGACCAAAGCUUGGUACUUUGCUCCUUUUUCUUGAAUCCGUAUCCACAAUCUCACUCCCUCCUCCGUCAUUCAGGGAUUCAUUCACGGCGGCAGAAGUCUAGACGAAGAACUCCAACGCGGAGCCAGAUCGUGGGCCGCCUCUCACCUGCCUCUUUUUCUCCUCUUUGUUGGAUGGGAUCUCCUUAAUCCCUCUGCCUCCUCAUGGGAUUGGAUUAUCGAAAAUCUGGUACUGGUGGGCAUCAGGGGAUUCGCUAGAUCUAGACAUGGUUAGGUAGGUCGGUUUGAUUCAAGGGUUGGUCGGGUUGGGUUAUACAAGAUGACAUGGCGGGUUAUAGUGACAUGGAUGGUCGGAUUUCACUAUUUUUGGGUUAAAUUAGACUGACUAAGCGAUUCCGUUAGCUAUGUCAACACAUAACGGUCUUGGUUAACGGAGAUGGAUGGAGACUAACGGAGAGUGACCAAACUUGGACGGUUUUACUAAUUUUAGUGACCACGAAUGGAUUUAAAUAUUUUGAGUGACCAAACAUGAACGUUUUUUGUAAUCUCAGUGACCAACUAUGCAAUUGACCCGUUGUUUGUUUUCUCUCUUUAAAUUUUUGGGAAUUUUGCUACGAUUAUGACUAGAAUAGAUCUGUAAAUUCUCC